GUUUAUAAAAGUUAUCAGGUUAUCAGGAGGUUGUUGGAAAUUGUGUCAGUUACGACGUAGUGCUCCGUAAACAUGUCGACUAAAGACAAGGUGAUCACAUGUAAAGCAGCGGUGGCAUGGGAGCCAGGUACAGCUUUGACCAUAGAGGAUGUAGAGGUGGAUCCGCCCCAAGCUCAUGAAGUGCGCAUCAAGAUGCUGUAUAGUGGAGUGUGCCACACAGACUGGGCCUACCUGUACGAGGCGGGACCAAACUCAUUGGAGCGGCCCUACCCCGUAGUCCUGGGACACGAGGGGGCCGGGGAGGUGGAGAGUGUGGGCGCUGAGGUCACCAACGUUAGCCCAGGAGACAAAGUGAUCCCUCUGUUCCUGCCUCAGUGUGGGGAGUGUAAGAGGUGCUACAGCCCCAAGACCAACCAAUGCAGAAAGAACUGGGAGACCACUCAGAUGGGUGUGAUGGCAGAUGGGACCAGCCGUUUGUGCAAGAAGGGGCAGCAGGUGUACCAGUUCAUGGGUGUGUGUACCCUGUCCCAGUACACUGUAGUGGCUGACACUUCUUUGGCUAAGAUCCGCUCAGACGCUCCCCUGGACAGAGUGUGUCUGCUAGGCUGUGGGGUGGCCACAGGGUACGGGGCCGCACUCAAUACUGCACAGGUAGAGAAGGGCUCCACCUGUGCCGUGUUUGGCCUGGGAGCGGUGGGCCUGGCUGCGGUGAUGGGCUGUCGAGCUGCGGGUGCCUCCAGGAUCAUCGCUGUGGAUAUCAACCCAAACAAGUUCACCAAGGCUCUAGAGCUAGGGGCCACCGAGUGCAUCAACCCCCAGGACCACAAGCCCCAGUCCAUCCAGGAGGUCCUGAAGGAGAUGACCCAAGGAGGGGUGGACUAUGCACUGGAGUGCGUGGGCAACGCUACUGUCAUGUCUGAUGCUCUGGAGUCCACUAUUGAUGCGUGGGGCGUGUGUGUGGUGGUGGGCUGGACUGACUCAGAGCCAAUCAGAGUCGAUGUGGAUCAGCUACUCAUGGGACGCACACUCAAGGGGACAUACUUUGGAGGGUGGAAGGGGGUGAGCAGUGUUCCUGCUCUAGUAGACCAAUACAUGAAGAAAGAGCUGAAACUGGACGAGUUUAUCACACACAGACUGAGUCUGAACGAGGUCAACACAGCUCUACAGCUGUUGAACACAGGAGAAAGUAUCCGUUCAGUCAUCAGCCUGUGGUAGAAGUCUUGAGGUCCUGAUGAAGAAAUGAAGAUGAAGUCUUCGGAAGCUCUCUGCAAGUACUGCACAAUUCUCUAAAUUCACCACUAGAUGUCCUUCUAACAUCAGAAAUAACAUCAUCACAGAUCAUCCUUUUCAAGAGCAUGAAAAUAGAUUUGUUUUUUCUCUCCCAUGUAGUAACAAUGUUCCCUCAUCAAAAACAUGCCUGAAGAGGUUUUAGAUGGCAUCAAUAUAUGUUUGAGUAUUUUAGCAUCUAUCCCGAGCCAUGUUCGAACCCUUUUGUCCAAUGCUCCACCCCAAGCCUACGUCAUUCAUGCUCCCGCACGACAAUACUGAAUAAAUAUACAAAAGCAUAACAAAAAACUAUUCACUAUAGCUUUCCUAACCUGAUGCAAUGUGCUGUAGUUUCAUUAGUAGAAUGCACUCCGCUCUGUGCAUCAAAAACAGUAAGUAAAACUUAUGAAACAUGUUAAUACAGUGUUUUCCUUGAAUUUUGCACUUUCAAGACAAUAAAACGUAAAAUGGUGUCAUUGUUUUGUAUUUACAGUGUUGCCACUAAACUGCUAUUUAAGCAUUAAUCAAAUAUUUGUCUGUGCAUUACAUUUAAAUGUAGACCUUUCAGACUUUCAAAGACCUUGUUACAUUUUGAUGUGUUAUUCGUGGUGUGACAAGAAAUGUGUUUGCUCUUUUCUGGUAUAUUUAAUUGUCUUUUGCUCAAUAAAAAUAUUUAAGAUG